GAAUGCUGUAAUAUUUGCUCUCUCCUGCUAGUUCCAUCCAGGUUUUCUGCAGAGCUGGAAUGGGAGUGACCCAGUGGAAUACACUUUAGACUAGCUAAACACUCAGAAACCCAGGGUAAGUGAGAUCUCCGGGAAGCUCCGUUUAGAUGUCUCUUGUUAUUUCCUAGACUUCGAGCUUUCUUAGUUUGUUUUCACUGUCUUUCCAUCAACAGCUCAUAUAAUUAAAUGCACUUGAUGACAAAUUACCAGUCAGAGGAUUGAAUGCUUUGUUUAGAAAAAAAACUAAAAGCAAGAUUAUAAAAUGGCUGAAGAAGGUCUUUUGCAGGAGAUUUUCACUUCUCCUUUAAAUAUAUGUCUUUUGUGUCUCUGUUUGUACCUGCUGUAUAAAAUAGUCAGGGGGGACAAACCUAGAACAUCAGAUGAAGAUAAAGAAGAACACUUGCCCAAAAUGAAAAAAAGAGACUUCACUUUGGCAGAACUUAAAGAAUUUGAUGGCGCGCAAAAUCCCCGGAUUCUGAUGGCAAUAAAUGGCAAGGUGUUCGAUGUUACCAGGGGGAAGAAAUUUUAUGGGCCAGAGGGACCAUAUGGGGUGUUUGCUGGCCGUGAUGCUUCAAGAGGUCUAGCCACAUUUUGCCUUGACAAGGAAGCUUUAACUGAUACUUAUGAUGACCUCUCUGAUCUAAAUGCUUCGCAACGGGAGACUUUAAGUGACUGGGAAUCCCAAUUUUCAUUUAAAUACCACUAUAUUGGGAAGCUUCUGAAGGACGGAGAGGAGCCCAGGGAAUACACAGAUGAAGAAGAUUCCUCAGACCUGAAGAAGAAAAACUAAAAUAAUUCUGGCUUAAAACUUCAAAAAGAUUUUGUAACAUUCCAGAUAGUUAUUGCAAAUUUAAAGCAUGUUCUGUUUAUUCAUUAAUCAGUGGGUUGUGAUGAGUUGAGAACACAAAUCUUAAUGAAGUGAUUUUUGGACAUAGACACUGCCCCUUGCAAAUGAGAACAAUGGGCGUUUCUAAACUUUUUUUGCAAUCCCCACAUCUCUAAUGCUUGUCAUUCAAACAGCCACUAGGGGUUUCAAACUAAAAUAGUCUGUAAUUGAAUCUAUUUUACGUCUGACAUCAACAUGCAAUGUAUGUUGUUGUUUGAAGCUGGCUGUGCUGUCAUUGGAUUCAAUGCUUCUCAUAGCGAAGCAUUGGAUCUGUGGAUCACACAGCAAAAGGAACACCUGCACCAUAUGUAUUAAGUGCCUCUGUAUGAAAAGCAUUUGAUUUGACAAAAGUGGCUUGGUGAUUUCAGCGAGGGAGGAUUGGCUGCAUUAAAAAGGCUGUCUUUCUUAGACGUAAAUCUUUAUAACUUAAGUUUUUUUUCUGUAAAG